CUGAUGAUAACACAUGUGACCACUGCUGCGUGCCUUUGUGCCACUCGUCCAGCAAGUACAACAAAACACUUGGUUUUCACAAACAUCCCCCUGACCCGGAGCUUAGGCGAAAAUGGAUCGAGUCUGUCCGCAGGACAAGUUCUCCGUUAGCCUAGUGUAUGACCGGCACUUCAACAAACAGGACUUCCAGGAGCCCGGGCCUGAAGGAGAACGACGCCCGCUGAAGCCGCGAGCUGUUCCGGGGCUCUUUGACUGGACCCAAUACCGUGUUCCUCGGAGCGUGGAGGCGGACGGAGCGGUCGAAGACCUGGAGGCUUUCUUAACGGAGCACAACUACGCCCUGGUCCCGGACCCCGAAGUAGUUCUGCGGCCGAAGCAGCGGAUACAGCAGCGGUUCGGCCUCCAGAGGUUUGCUGGCUCAGACGAGGACAUACGGUUUUUCACAAGGUUUGCAUCCUAUGAGCUCCUCAUGGGCUUCUGGGCAUCCAUCGAGCAUCUGGUGCCGCUUGUGGUCAGCAUGAAGAACACACAGAGAGACGUCCUCACAGAGACAAGUGUCCCUGCUGUUCCUUCUCUGCAGCCCAUUGAUGAGAUGUUUUUGCUUCUCAACUAUCUAGCGCUGGGUUCAAAACUAAAGGACCUUGCUGACAGAUUUGGAAUCCAGCAAUCCACCGUCAGUCAGAUCAUCACAACAUGGAGUAACUUUUUGUACACUGUCCUGGGAUCAAUAAACAUCUGGAUACCAAAUAAGAAAAUAACGGAACAUUUACCAGCAGAGUUUGAGGACUAUGCAGACACUGCUGUCAUUCUGAACUGCACAGAGCUGAGGUACCAGAGUCCUUCCUCAUCUCUCCUUGAAAGUGAAGAGCUCGCUACCCACUGUACACUCAAAGGACUGUUUGGAGUUGCUCCACAUGGAGCUGUCACCUUCAUCUCUCAGCUGUAUGCUGAAUCUGUCAGUAACGACCACUUGAUACAAAAGUCUGGAAUUCUGUCCCUGUUGAGACCUGGGAUGGCCAUCAUGGUUGACCAAGGUUUUCUGGUUGAUGACUUUGCACUGUGUGAAAUCUAUAUGCUGCCAUUUCUCUCUCUCAAGUCCCAGAUGUCUGCCUGUGAUGUCAGGGAGACUCAGGCCAUUGCACGCCUCAGUGCGCACGUAGAGCAUCUCAUAGGCAGAGUGAAGGAUCACGGGUUCUUUGACACAGAGAUCCCACUACAGCUUUUACACAACAUUAACCAGCUAUAUACUGUUGCAUGUCUCCUAACAAACUAUGAAAGUGAACUUCUGGGAAAGGCUGAGGCAUAGAAGCCAGUGUCGGACUUCAGUCUGGACUAAGCACAUAUUUGCAGAUAGAGACGGUCUAUUACAGUUAUGUUAAGUGUGGAAAAGAGCAGCUUAUCUAUCUGUAUAUAUAUAUUGUACUUGUCACUUCUACCUGUAGAGGUAAGUGAGCAAGUUUUUCUUAAAUGGAUUUGAUGAUUUUCUGAGGGGUCAUCUGGAUGAACAUGACACAUUGUGCAUUAGCAACAAAGUCACAGCACAAUGUAUGAGCGCCUCACUUAUCUUAACAUACUGUAUUUCAACAAGUUCAAACACUGGUUGUUCCUCUUGAUCAUAUGCAAUUGCACAAUCCAGUGUUUACUCCAUCUGUAUUGCAUCUGGAUAGAGAAAGCUUUGAUCACACUUUUUGUUGACAGCUGCAGACACCCAUGGGCAUGCAGUUGUUGUUUUACUGCUUUUCUGUUCUGCUUGAAGGACUGUCUUCUAUACAUACACAGUCGGUUGUACCUCUGUAUUCUGUGCAUACACACUUGAGUUGUUGCCGCCACAUGGACGUGAAGUUUGGGCUACAUGUAGAAGGGUCUGCAGAGAUUCUCGUAGGCUUUAUGGAUGACAUUUUCGUCACAUGGACUCUGGCAUACUCAGACACAUUAAGGGUAAAGGCAAAUCGUGAAUUUGCAUCAGUGUGCACAGAUUUUAAAAGCAGACAGCGGACAACCACUACAUUCUAUUAGUACUACAGUAGGUGCUUAUUGCUAUGCAGACUGUCACAUUUCAUCCCAUAUUGAACACAGAGACACACAAGGUUUCUGUGGAUGUUUUUUUUAAACAUCUGGAUGUAACUUUGCAUUUUUUGCAGGAUUUAGAAGCACAGGUUGGACUGCAGCACAAUGUCAAUGUGAAUGUUCCUGAGUUUUGCUGAGCGCAGUGGGUAGAUGUAGCACAGGGUUUCUGGAGAAUUGAGAACUUUCCACUGUGUUUGAGUACUGUUGAUGGAAAGCGUGUAUAAAUGAAAGUGCCUCCAAAGUCUUGUAUAAACCAAGUGAUGUUUGUUAUCAUCACUAACAGUAGUUGGUAAAUGUGGAGACAAAUUUAGAAUCACAUUUGGUUAGAGAGGCUAAUUUAGAGCCAGUUUUCUGAGUUAACCAGAAAAGAAGUGUGGCGUUAACUGUGUCUGUUGAAUGGUAGCCACUGAAUCAAUGAGUGGUAUUUAAAAUGUCUGCUGCCGAUGGGUGCUUAUUAAAGUCUACUGUCAUUCAUUUAA